UGUACAACUGCCAACAUCGCCAUUUCUUCGUUUUGACAUCUCCCAUACUUUCCAUCGCAGCAUAAAUCUCUUCUCAGCCUUUUAUCAACCCCUUACUUGCUUGCAUCUAAUAAAUCAGAGGCGAUCCACACUACUUUCUCCAAGAUGGAGUACCACUUUGUUCCUCCCGAGGAGCGCGCAAGAGACGAAAAAGGGAACCUCCUACCCUGGGGUUACGUUUACAAAGACGAAUCUCGCAACCCGCGCCGACCCCCCGAAGAAAGCGGCCCAUUUGGCAAGCGCAGAAACGCCCGAUAUGAACAUACCAGGUCUCGCACACGCACAGGCACUCCUGCCGCAAAGAGGGAGAAUCCCAACGUCGCCGAAUUUGGGCGACUCUUCGCCCAACAACAAGAGGAUGAGAAAGCGCGCAGUAACACGCUGCCCAAGUCAUCAUCAGCAUCAAACCUCGACAAUUCCCGGAAACAGACAGAAAAGGUCGCAACGGAGUGCAUACUAUACGGAUACAAGAGCAAAGAUUCCGAAUGGAAGGUGAUAGACAAGUACGAGCGGAUUUCUCGCGGCGUGAUCUGCGAGGACUAUCCCCGGACGGAUCCCAAUGCCUUGAACGGGUACUCGCAGCUCCUGAGCGGUGGGGAUGUUGUUAUUCGUGCGAAUUUGUCGGCAGAUGCGAACCGGAAGUCGAAGCGUUAUGCGGGCGGAUUUCACUGGAUCAAGGUGACAUUUGACUCGACGAUCGCUGCGGAUCGUGCGGUUUUCUACUCUCCCCAGGAGAUUGAUGGUCAUGCGGUCUUUUGUGAGCUGUAUCAUGGACAGGGGCCUGCGGAGGAUGCCCCGAUUCUACAGGGCUCCGCGGAGGCGGCUCGCUUGCAGGCGAAGGCGGCGCCUCGGACGAUGACUUCGUCGCAUUCGACGAGUUUCCUCCAACCCAUGGAGGCCAACAAGGAGCGUCAUACGCUGCCGAAAUCCUUCGCUCCAAACAACCUGACGAGUGUGCUCGAUGCCGAUGAGGAGCAGUCACAGGAGUCGACACCCACCGCCAGCUCCGCGACGGCGACCGGCGUCGAGCAACCAGGCUCCGUGCAGCAGCGGACUGUCACCCAGGAACCCAAGCCCGAAUCAGAGUUCAUGACACAUAUUCCGACGAUGCGUCGGACGAAGCUUCGGCCCAUCACAGAAGCCCUUCCCCCUCAACCCACCGUGACGGAGCGAGUCUUGCGCUCCAUCCCCAUCCUUAGCUGGUUCACCGGCGACAUCGUGGGCGAUGGACCUCAACUUCGCGAGGACGGAGCAUUUGAUUACGACAAGUCCAACACAUAUUGGCGGUUCUGGUACAUGGUCGAUAUGAUCAUAGGGACUGAUAUCUGCGGUCUGAAGGAAGAAUCAUGACACCUCCACUGACGAAUCCUUUACUAUCUCAGUCGACAACAUCCCCUAGAGGGAAAGACGAAAAGGAUGAACAACCAGAUGCAUUGAAGAUGCCAGCACAGUCCCUGUGUGGCGAAAAUGAGAACCUCUCAUCUCUUCCAGCAGAUACCCCGAUGCAUGUACGAUAGUGCUUCCGUUAUUGUUGUUGUCGUCCACGAUUAUUGUUGGCAUUUUCUUACGAGUGUGAUUAUAUAGCUGCAUUGUCAGCUAGCUUCCUUUCUAUUCUACCAUUCUUUUUUGACUCUUGCAUAUUAAGUGGCCGGCGCUGGGUAUAUGGUUGUUGUUCUAUGUUGGGUUGCAUUAGGAUGCGAUGGGAAGAUAAUCAAGACAUCUCUAGUCUGCGGAGUAUCUUAUGUUCUGAAUUAUAUUUGUAAAAAUGUAAGUAGAUGUGUGUAAUUCGCAAAUAUGUGUACUGUACGGAG